UCGACCGGGUCUUCCAACCGGCAGGGGUCGCUGUGGAAGCGAUUAGGUGUUUUGCUAGUUGCUUUUGUUAUCCCCCAUACUCUAUUGUCAGGAAAUGUCUCCAGGAGACGCCGGGUGUGCUGCCAGUAGGAGAGGGGCGACGGCGAGUUUGGGCGCAGUGACAUUAUGGAGCACAUCCGCACCACAAAGGUUGAACAGGUGAAAUUAUUAGACCGAUUCAGCACAAGCAUCAAGGCACAAACAGGAACUCUUUAUCUUACGGCAACUCAUCUGUUAUUUAUAGAUUUGAGCCAGAGAGAGACAUGGAUAUUGCACCAUCAUAUUGCUGCAGUGGAGAAACUUGCCUUGACCACUUCUGGCUGCCCCUUGGUGAUCCAGUGCAAGAACUUCAGGAUAGUUCACUUCAUUGUUCCCAGAGAAAGGGACUGUCAUGAUAUUUAUAACUCCUUGCUUCAGUUAUCAAAACCAGCAAGAUACGAUGAACUGUAUGCCUUCUCAUACAAUCCAAAGCAAAAUGAGGCAGAGAGGGUGCAAGGCUGGCAGCUCAUUGACCUUGCAGAGGAGUACAACCGAAUGGGUGUACCUAACUCUGACUGGCAAUUAUCAGAUGCAAAUCGUGAUUAUAAGAUCUGUGAAACCUAUCCCAGAGAUCUUUAUGUUCCCAGGAGUGCAAGCAAACCCAUAAUCGUUGGCAGCUCUAAGUUCCGAAGCAAAGGAAGGUUUCCUGUGCUGUCAUAUUACCAUAAAGUUAAUGAGGCUGCCAUUUGCAGAUGUAGUCAGCCUCUCUCAGGAUUCAGUGCCAGAUGUCUGGAGGAUGAAUACAUGUUGCAAGCAAUUAGUAAAGCCAAUCCUACUAAUCGCUACAUGUAUGUUGUGGACACCAGGCCUAAACUGAAUGCAUUGGCAAACAGAGCAGCCGGUAAAGGCUAUGAAAAUGAAGAUAACUAUUCUAAUAUUAGAUUUCAGUUUGUUGGUAUUGAGAACAUCCAUGUAAUGAGAUCCAGUCUGCAGAAAUUGUUGGAAGUUUGUGGGACAAGAGGCCUAUCAGUCAAUGAUUUUCUGUCUGGUCUGGAGAGCUCUGGAUGGCUGCGCCACAUCAAAGCCGUAUUGGAUGCUGCGAUCUUCUUAGCCAAAGCCAUCGCUUUUGAGAGUGCAAGUGUGCUGGUACAUUGCUCAGAUGGCUGGGAUCGGACAUCUCAAGUGUGUUCCCUGGGUUCUCUGUUGUUGGAUCCAUUUUACAGAACAAUGAAAGGCUUUAUGGUUUUGGUAGAAAAAGAUUGGAUUGCUUUUGGACACAAAUUUUCAGACAGAUGUGGUCAGCUGGAUGGAGACCCAAAGGAAAUCUCACCAGUGUUUGCUCAGUUCUUAGAAAGCGUCUGGCACCUGACGGAGCAGUUUCCACAAGCCUUUGAGUUCAACGAGGCUUUUCUCCUUCAGAUCCAUGAACACAUCCAUUCAUGCCAGUUUGGAAACGUCAUUGGAAACUGCCAGAAAGAACGAGAAGAGCUCAAAUUGAAAGAGAAGACUUACUCAUUGUGGCCUUUCCUUUUGGAUGAACACAAGAAAUAUCUAAACCCCAUCUACAAUGAGAGUUUUUCUCAGUCGCUCACAGUUCUGGAGCCCGACACAGUAUCAUUUAAUUUUAAGUUUUGGAGAAACAUGUAUCAUCAGUUUGACCACAUGAUGCAUCCCAGGCAAUCUGUACUCAGCCAGGUCAUGAGCAUGAGUGAGCAAAAUAAAUUACUGGAGAAAGACAUUAAGGAACUGGAAGCUAAAUUAGGGCGCUGUGUGAACAAGGAGCUGGAUGCAGCCUUCACCAAGGAACCUUUGCGGCCUGCCCAUGCUGUGUCGCCAGUCGUUAAGACAUCCCAGUGCUUUAAGAAGGAGCAGCCUCUCUUACAUGGGAAUGAUUGUAUUCGAACGAUAGAGGGCUCCAACACAGCAGACAAUCGGUAUAGCGAGUAUAUGGAAGAGCUCUCCAAGACAGAGCCUGGUGUUGUUAGUCUGGAGUACGGAGUGGCAAAAAUGACAUGUUAAAUGUCACAUGGAAUACUGCUGUCUCUUUCUGAAAAGACUGAAGUUCAAGACAGGGCAUUAUGAGACUGGUCUCUGGAGCACGACCAAAAACUUGGGGAGCCUCAUUGAUGUAGCCCAGUGUGGCACACUCGUUGUUAAGGGAAUGCUGUUCUUGUGAGAAGUAAUUGAAUUUAACAAUACUAAAAAGAAAUGUGGAGAAUUUAGUAAACGUUUUGUGGCUUAAAGAACAGCGGAAUGGAAGUCAUAUGUCUCUGGAGUAUAAUGGACUCUAGUUUGCACUAGAUAACUCUGAAUGUUAUUUAAUGUAUUGAUUGCCAAAUGGUUUAAUGAUAUUUAAAGAUCUACUUCUAGAACAUGACAGACUACUUACCAGGACCGCUGAAAGUAUGUGUAUGCAUAUAAAAUGUAUAGCGUACUCCUGUUUAAUCUGUUGCUUGUUACUAAUUUUUGAUGUCUCAUAAUGCCAUUGAAAGUACUGUAUCAAACUAGAAAGACAUAGCCUUACUUUUGUUUUAAUCUGUUCUUUUUUGUCUCUCUCUUGGAGAGCCAGAGACUCUGAGAUGCCCCAGUGUAUACAAAAUGGCUUUCUGAAAGUUAUUCUCCUUCUUCAAAAUAAUAGCAUGAGGUUUUAGGAUACAUGAGAGAUGCACUUAGCAGGUUUUAAGGACAUGUUAGUAUGCAUUGGUAACAGUGAAAUUCCAGUCUUUUUCUUCUUUAAAUGUCCCUUUUUGCAGAUCAGGAAAACCAGUUACCUAGACAGUUAAUGGAUUUAAACUGCACCCGCAAGGACUGUGAAUCUGCAUAAACUAACUAGUUGAAAGGCAAUUUAUGUGAAACUUUAUAAUUAUGGUCCAAACUCCUUAUAAGGACAGUACCUUUAUUAUCAACAAAAAUGUCACAAGAUAGCAUGCAGACUUUUGAGUUCUGUAGAGCGUCUCAUGAUGAAGAGUUCUGUAGAACUUGAAAGCCUGCAUAGUACUUAGAACAUUUUGAUUGAUCUAAUAAAGGUACUCGCCCAAUAUGCAUUUUGGAAUUUUUCUUAUGGGCCAACACAACAGUCUUUACCUUUUUUAAUUCUGUGUUUUCAUACAAAGAACUAAAACAUUUGUGUGGGUGGGGAAGAGGGUUGUUCAUUUCAAUGAAAACAAAACUGGUUCUAAACAAAAGCUGUGUUUCAGACUGGUCAGUUUCCAGAGUUUUUGGAAGACUUCAAAACUAUACAUAAAAUAAACAUCAAACACAAAUGCUCUAGAAGCAGUAUCUACUUUCUGGUUUUGAACAAACAGGUGAUUGUCUACAUGACUCUUGUUCAUUUUACAGGGUUUUUUAAUCAACUUAGGGUAUUGGGUUUUUUAAAGUAGCUCACUUUUAAUCAGAAAAACUAUGUAAAUGAAAUCUGCAAAUAAAUCUAAUUGGCUCACUAAGGAGGCAGACACUCCUCCUUGGAGAAAAAUAAAUAAAUACCAGCUUUAUAGGCCAGCUGGCUUCAUGUUCUCUAAAUCCACUUGCUUUGAAACCCUGUUAAUGCUCAUAUCCUUGGGAUACAGUAUAUCACAUGGGAUUGAUCUCUAGUUAACUAACAAGAAGCCUUGGUUAGGAGGAUUAUACCGUGCCUCCCUCAUAUAGGUAAAUCAAAUGUAUCCUCAGAUAUUAUUGUUUCCACUUAAUCAGAAAAGAGAAUGGGUUUGCUUUCAGCAUGUGAUCCUGCCUCUGUUUUUUUGCAGUUAGUUUUUAUUGUCCUAAUGAAGGAAAGGAAAUGAGCCUUGAGAGCUGAGAUUAUGAGCAUGCAUGCCUUGGGGUAUUAUGCUCUCUAGGUGGUAUGGCAGGCUAAUUUAUACCUGAGGGAUCAAAUGCUUCUUUGGCUCCGAGUGAAAAUUAGUUUAGAUUAGCUCUAAUGCCUGAAGGCUGUUUGAUCAAAACUGCCAAUACACCACACUGAACUUGACACAAUUGGCCCUGUCUGCCUCUGCCCUAGUUGGGAUCCAGGCUAUAAUAACAAGGGCAGUGCAGGUCAUAAUUGAAUAGAGUUGGCAACUUUGCAUCAGGGAGAAAAAACAUUUAACCAUUUUAAGGGGUUACCAAUUUUGUAUUAUGUUUCAAAAGGGAGCAAGUUGAAAGGUUGUAUUUUUCAGCAUUGUCUUGCUGGUAGACAUUCUUGUCCACGAUUAGGGUGGGGAGUGGGAGCCAGCAUUCAAUAUAGUAAACACUAUAUAAUUGUAUAUUCUUAGGUGUUCUGCCAUUUUAGUGGAUAGUGUGGAUUUUGCAUUGAUACUGAUUUUCACAAAGUACGAGGACAGAAAAAUAUGUGCCUUUUGUCUGUUUCUCCCCCUUAAGUUUUCUGCUAAGAAUAAUUAAUCUCCUAUGUUACCAUAAAUGCUGAAAAGAUAAUACUAAAUGUUGUCAUAUCA